AUGGUUCAUGGGAAGAAGUUGGCCAAGGAGGUGCUGCUGCCUUCUGUGCUGGAAGACGAUGACGCAGAAAGCGAGGAGCUGCAGCUGGGGGAGCGGAGAUCGAGCCAGACAGAGGUUGAUGUGCGUGGGCCAAACGACCGACGCUGUAGCCCUGACGGGAACGUGCUAGACGGAGGCAGAGGGGAGGCAGAGGAGGAAGAAGAGGAUGAAGAGGAGAAGUGUGUGGUCUCUGAUGAGGACUAUGACACAGAUUUGGAGCUCGGAGGUAAGGAGGAGACAUAUGAUACGACGGGGAGGACGAGCUACAUGAGGGCGUGCGAAAUGUUGCAGGUGGCGCCUGCCUCCUAUUUCCUGCAGCACAUGCAAGACAGCGAGCUGAAAAUGAUGCACCGUGGUCUUGGGCCGCAGGGCACCAAAGCACUGGCGGUUCCCCUGGUAACCAACACUUCAAUACUGCGGCUGAACCUGCGAGAUAAUUGGAUGGAAGGAAUGGGCGGAGCUGCUAUAGCCGAGAUGUUAAAGGAAAAUUGUUACAUUACAGAAGUGGACCUGUCUGACAACAAUCUGGGGGAUUACGGGGCCAGAGCCAUAUCUGCUAUGCUUAAGGAGAACGGCACCCUGGUGAGCCUCAAUCUGUCAGGAAACCACUUCACAGACCAGUCUGCUGAACAUCUCGGACCAGCCCUAAUCACAAACACCAGGCUGAAGCACCUCGACCUCGGCCACAACUCUCUGGGAGACCGAACAGGGCAAAACCUGGGAGACUCUCUGUCUGAGAACAUGGGCUUAAGAUCAUUAAGUCUGGCCUGGAACUGCAUCCGAGGGAGAGGAGCAGUGAUGCUGGCCAGCGGCCUCGGGGGAAACAUUUUCCUGAGAACAGUGGAUCUGUCAUUUAAUGGCUUCGGGAAAGAAGGAGCCAUCGCUUUAGGACAGGCCCUCAAAGAGAACAAUGUUUUGGAGGAGCUUAAUGUGAGUAACAACCGAAUCCCUCCUGAAGGAGCCAUCCACCUCGCCAUGGGCCUCAAAGUAAACAAGACAAUCAAAUCCCUGAAUAUUGGGAGGAAUCCCAUCCAGAAUGCUGGCUGCUACGGGAUCCUUCAGUCUGUGCAGGAAAACCCAGAUUCAGCCAUGGAGGCUUUCGACUUUUCAGACAUCACAGUGAACCAGGAUUUUGAAGACUUGUAUACAGCAGUGAAAGAAAUAUUGCCUGAGCUCAGAGUAAAUCAUGGGGGCCGAAUUGGCACAUUCAGAAAAGUGAAAGCUUGAAAAGUGUUACUGUAAUUGCUGGUACUUUCAUGCCAGCAAAGAUGGAAGAAGUCUUCUC